AUGUCUGAGUCUUCCGAUAAUGAUCAAGAACUUCCAAAUUUUGUUGAUUUUGACGAUGUGGAUCAGGAAAGGAAAACAAGCAACAUGACAAAUAGUAGUAGUAGUAGUGGUCGUGAAUUUUUGGAAUCAUGUCCUGCAUUUAUUUUGGAUUGUUCGAGCAGUCGGAAUGAAUUUCUAUCGAGUGAUAAAAAUUCUGAAUUUAAAUCGUAUCAGUCCAUUCGGAAAGUGUUAUGUGGAAGUAGACAUUUAUUUAUUUGGAUGGAUGAAAAGUCAUCAAUUCCUGGUGCAUCAUGUCAAGAAAGCAAUCGAUUGGAUGAUUCAAAGACGUUGAUUACGGUUCAACAUGCAUUGUUUGCUUGUGGAGACAACGACUAUUCACAAUGUGGAUGCACUUUUCAAUCCAAGACCAAAUCUCCAACUAUUCAAAAGGUUGAUUUGAAUAUUCCCCUUUCCGAUUGUACUCAUAUUCCUGAAAAUGAUUUGAAAUUGUUACGACAAGUUUCCAACCAACUUUGGCAUUUGAAAAAUGUGUACACGAUUUGUAAUUAUUCAUUCUUUCACAUUGUUACCACAGAAAACGAUUUACAAUAUGAAUUAUUAGUGGCAUCUGGAUGGAAUAAUGUUGGAUGUUGUGGCGUGGGUGACUCAUCAGGAAGCUCAGUAACACGAAAAAUUGUCUUGUUUCAUUACAAUGGAAAGCAAUCAGCGUUUUUGCCAGAACAUGAACAGAUUUCUCUCGUUUCAGCUGGAGGUUGUAACUCCAUUCUCGUCUCAUGGAAUUCCCUCAAACGUACUCAACAAGUAUACAUGUGUGGAGAAACUAUUGAACACAUUUAUGGCAAUUCCAACAACUUUCCUGGAUCCGUCUUUUCUCUCGAUUCAAAUUUUGUGAAUCAAUACAUCAUGACACAACACUCGUCGAGUGAUAGAACUAUUAUCAAAAUCCAUGCUGCCUAUGGUUCUUCUCAUUUUCUCCUCUCUGAUUGUUCCUUGCUGUCGUUUGGACAUUUUGCUCUUAGUGACCCUACACACAACCGAACGGUAGUAGAACCUCAUUGGAUUGAUUCCAAUCAACUCGAUGGAGAGUCCAUUAAGGAUUUUGUCGUCUAUGAAUCCAUCUUCGCACUCUUAACCUAUGAAGGAAAUGUAUGGGUUCCAAGUUCCAAUACCGAAGCAUCUAAGAAAUCAUGCACAAGCUUAACAGUCUUUGAAUUCGGACCUGGAUCUAUUUCUCGAAUCAGUGUCUCUUUAAACUAUGAUGGAGUGAUUUGUCAAUGCGAGGACAAUAAUAUUUAUCUGAUUUCAAAGACUCCCUAUUUGCUGGAACCUCCAACAUCAUCAUCAUCCUUCAGCAAUACAAAGACGGAGAAGGUAAAUUUAUUUCAUAUAACGAUGGAUCGUUUUAUGAAACGACAUGAUCGUAUGAAAAACAAAUCCAAGCGGUUAUUGGGAAAAUUAUCAGAGAUGGUACUGGAUGGCCAUGCGGAUGUUUCAUUACACGGACUUCAUGGCCUGUUUUUAGUAUUUCAUAUGAAUCAAAGGAAGGAGAGGGCUAAACAACAAAUGUGCCAGAAAUUAUGGAAUCAAGUAAGGACGAGCUUGGAUCUUCCUAAAAAUCCAUUUGUAGAUGUUUGGAUCCUGUAG